UUCGCACCAUCGAAGUUCAUUAUCGUCGACGACACACGGCGCGGCGACCUCACCCUCGAAGCCUCGGUCCCGAAACAUCGGUGGUCGGACCUGGACGCGGCGCGCGACCGCAUCCUCUUCCGCAUGAACAACGCGCCCGUCGGCGACUCCUACAUAUGCGGGCAGCCGAACCUCGAGAGUCGCGUCAUUUCACCCAACUCCCAGCUAGGGUACUCCGACUGCGUCUUCCAGAAGCUGAAUGGCCCACGUGGCGCGACGAACCCGGCUAAUAAUCUAGGACUAGAUACGCGCGGGGUACCUACUGGGUGCGCACGCGCUUAGAUGAGCCGCGCAUUACGAUUUUGGGGAGAUGAUACGACGGCGAUGCGCGUGGCGGCUUUUCAGAGCGGUGCGCAAGUCGGUAGUACGGGUUUCCCGGUCUACGGCCUGGCGACCUGCUGGCAUGUCGAAUACGGCGCGUAUAUUAGGAACUGAGAUACCCAUAAUGUACCUAGGUACAUACCAGAUGAAUAAUCGAUUCACGCAUUACGAUUCCAGGGCAAUGGUAAAGAAUCUCAUAAUAUA